AUGGAGAGGACAGUGGAGAUCAACAACACUGAUGCUGAAGGUAGGCUAGUGCUCUCUGAUGGUGUGGUGUAUGCCAGCAAGGACCUCUCUGCUGACAUCAUCCUGGAUAUGGCCACUCUGACAGGGGCACAGAAGGACAGGAAGAACGCCACGAGCUCCUGUGCCGGCCUCUUUAUCGGCUCUCACGUGGGUUUUGACUGGCCUGGGGUCUGGGUCCAUGUGGACAUAGCCUCCCCUGUCCAUGCUGGGGAGCGCACAACCGACUUUGGCGUGACUCUGCUCAUGGCUCUGUUCAGCCAGGCCUCAGACGACCCCAUGCUCAACCUUGUGUCUCCUCUGGGGGCCGCUACCAUGAAUGCCGCAUCCAGGGACCCGAUGGAGCACGACUGCAAGUGGAGGAGACUGGUGUAAAACCUCCAAGCAGACACCUCUGGACCCACCCACCUCCACUCUUUACACUGACAUACACUGAACACCUAGAAAGCAUUUCUAAUCCUCAAUUUUUAUUCGACUCAUUCACAAUGAAGUGACAUUUUUUGGGAAAAAGAGCAGGUGGUUAGAAUUUCUCUCAAAUUUGUUCAUGUUGUAUUUAAUUGACUGUCUUUAAUUUAGUCUCCAAAUGGUUCAUGAAUAAUUGGGAGGGAUGAUGAAUAUGCAAAUGUUUAUAGCAUGUGGAACACUAAGGUUCUGUCUUCCUUGAAUGAAUUACCAGAGCAUUAUCACCAUUCUCCAAAAUUAACCAUAGCUAUAAUAAAAUCAAAAUACAGCCUUAAAUGGUUAAGUAACUGAAUAAGGUAUUUGAUCCUGUGUGGUAAGUGAUGGUUUAUUUUUCUGUUUCAAUGUCCUUGAGCAAAUUAGCUUGUUUAGGUAUCAGGCAAACACAUACUUUGGUUUUUAGCCAUAGCCUAGCCACUGAUGGCCAACUUCUCAUUCUGGACAUUGGGAAUAACCCAUGUGAAUAGUAAAGCUGGAUAUUUGGAAUAGGAUAUAUAUAUAUAUAUUUUUUUUCACCUUUAUUUAACCAGGUAGACCAGUUGAGAACAAGUUCUCAUUUACAACUGCGACCUGGCCGAGAUAAAGCAAAGCACAGUGACAAAAACAACUCUGCAGAAUUGCACAUUAACAAACGUAUAGCACAAUAGGGAAAAAAAUUGAAAAAUCUGUACACUGUGCAAAUGUAGAAGAGUAGGGAGGUAGGCAAUAAAUAGGCCAUAG